ACCAUGAAUGAAAAUAACACACACAAGACACGUCGAACAUAUACAAUGACAUACAAAAUCAACCAAACGAAACAUCUAAAACAUUUCAAUGAGCCUUUAGAAAAAGAAAACUAUUAAAACAUAUUUUUUUUUUUUUUAAAUCCACUUCAUUAAAUGUGCUUUGCUCAGAUUGCUGCAUGAUGCUUAUGGUUUUAUAUCGCUUUACGAAGUAUGGAAAUCAAAAUAAUUGACAUGUAGAAAGACUGUCACAUAACUGCAAAGUUAAUUAUCUGUUCUUUUAAAUAUUAUUUCAUUUAGAUAUGACAUUUCAUAUCACAUAGAUCAAACAAAACGCAAGCACGCUAUUUAUGAUAACAGAUGUUGUAAUAUCAUUGAUAUGCUGUAAUCUCCGUGUUAUCCAAUAGGCUAUAGCUAGGGAAAUAGUUUAUAGUAGGAAAAAUACAAUAAAACCUUCAUGACUUUGAGACCUACCAGAUUAUUAAUCAUGACAUCUGUUAAAACAAUGACGUUUUCUUUCUUUCUUUCUUUCUUUCUUUCUUUCUUUCUUUCUUUCUUUCUUUCUUUCUUUCUUUCUUUCUUUCUUUCUUUCUAUUGUGCUAGCUCCAGUAACUGGUGAAAUUCACACAUUCAUUCUAUUAAUGUAAUUGGCUAGCUACUGUUUCUGAACUGAAGGGAAGUUUACUGUUUCUCUCGCUGUCUCCCCAGAGAGCAAUCUUUUCUAGGGAAGCUUAUUUCUAUUGGUCAAUGUGCGAUCACCUGGUUACUUUUACUGCUGUGGCUUUUGGCGCUUAGCCAUCCAGAAACAAACCAGUUGGACGGCUAUCAAUAGUUAUAGCCAGAUGUACAAAUACACAACAAAUCGCAAUAGUUCAGUUUGUGGAGCCAAUGAGUUCGUACUUUGUGAACACUGCUUUCCCCGCUGCCCUGACCAGCGGUCAGGACUCCUUCCUCGGUCAAAUCCCCGUGUACACAUCUGGCUAUGAAGCUUUAAGGCACUUCCCAUCUUCUUACGGAACUUCUCCGAUCCAAGACAAGACGUAUCCAUCACCUUGUUUCUAUCAGCAAUCAAAUACAAUACUUGAUACAAGAGUGCCCUGUGAUUAUGGGCCAUCCUGUUUUCAUCCAGAGAAGGACCCACCUACCGCCUAUCCCGCAGGCAGUGCCGGCGAGCAGAGGACACACAGCGAGUACAUGCCGUUCAACGCUGAGCAACAAUCCGAACCACACUGUGCACAAAACAAAGCAUUCAAGGAUGGACCACCCGACCGGAAGUACCCGGGUUCAGUUUAUCCAUGGAUGAUGAACUCCUGCAAUGGUUCAAACUAUGGAUCACAUGGGAAACGUGGGCGACAGACGUACACCAGAUUCCAAACUCUAGAAUUGGAAAAGGAGUUUCAUUUUAACAGAUACUUGACCAGGCGUCGCCGAAUUGAAAUUGCAAACGCCCUUUGUCUCACAGAAAGGCAAAUUAAAAUAUGGUUUCAAAACCGACGCAUGAAAUGGAAAAAGGAAAACAAGUUGAUUGGAACCACACAGUCAAACUGUGAAGAAACAAACACAAAAUCUAAAGAGUAGUGUGUAUGUACAGCCCGUUUAAUGUGUGCUAGCGUUCUGUCGGCUGAUUAAUGGUGUUCAUUUCGUGUUACAUCUAUUUAUUUAUUUAUUUAUGUAUUUAUUUGAACACUGUUAUCAGCACUCCUGUAAAAUAAUGAAGAUAU